AACAGCAGUCGUUAGGUGGGAUGCGUCCGGGAACUUGUUAAACAGAUGGCAGCCGGCCAAGGCACGGCGAGUCCAUCUCGAGGCUUCCGGUAAUGGAUCUGCCACGGCGCUUCAGGGGAUUCGAACCCUGCACGUUUCCACUGCCGGAUCCUCCUUUAAACCAGGGUUCCUUUUUGUACACUCCACUAGUCUCUGGCCGCCGCACCCACACCGGUCUGCCUGGCUCAGGUGGGCUUCGACUAUUCCGGCCGCAGACUGGUAGGUGCGCCCGCUCCCACUAUCAAGCCUCGCUCGGCUCGAUGGAGGCAGCGGCCGUGCCCCUCCUUCUGUCUCCCCGCCGCCCCUUCAAUGCUGCCCUCGUCAAGCCUUUCUCCUCGGCCACUCUGACAGCCCGCCGCCGGCCACCGCCCCAUUCGCUGAGAGUGCUUGUAGGAUUCCGCCUUCUUUCCGGCCUUUCCCGGACUACCUUCUGCUGCAGGAUCAAUGCCUCCUCCGAUUCCGGGAGCUCUUUCCUGGAUCAUGCUAGCGGCAAGGAGGAGGAGGAGGGGAAUGCGAAGGGAUCUGGCCGGUCCGGGCGGAGCUACGAGGAGUCGGAGUCGGUGCGGUGGGACGCGUUAACGGCGAAGUUCGCUGGCGCGGCGAACGUGCCGUUCUUGCUGCUCCAGCUGCCGCAGAUCGUGCUGAACUGCCGGAACCUCAUGGCGGGCAACGCGCGCGCCCUCUUUGCGCUGCCCUGGAUCGGAAUGUUAACUGGGUUGCUGGGAAACCUUUGUUUGGUUUCUUAUUUUGCCAAGAAAAAAGAGACAGAGGCUGUUCUGGUUCAGACAUUGGGCGUGCUCUCAACUUAUGUAGUUAUAGUUCAACUCGCUCUGGCGGAAGCUAUGCCUCUCCCUACCUUCAUAGCCACUUCAGCUAUUGUAGCAUGUGGAAUGUUUCUAAAUUUUUUAUAUUAUUUCAGACUUCUUCCUCUUUUUAUUUGGAGAUGCUGGGAGGAUUUCAUUACUAUCGGUGGCCUUUCAGUUCUUCCACAGGUUAUGUGGUCGACUUUUGUUCCUUACAUUCCGCAAAGCAUCUUGCCUGGGGCUGUUGCCUUUUCUGUUGCAGUUAUUGCAGUCUUAAUGGAACGCACUGGGAAACUUUCUGAUGCUGGUGCGAGUUUCGUCAGUUCUAUUUCUGGAUGGACAGCCACUUUGCUUUUCAUGUGGAUGCCUGUCGCACAAAUGUGGACAAAUUAUCUCAAUCCAGACAAUAUUAGAGGCUUAUCGGCUUUCUCAAUGCUGCUUUCUAUGGUUGGUAACGGGCUUAUGAUUCCACGUGCACUUUUUAUACGUGAUCUCAUGUGGUUUACUGGAUGUACAUGGGCUUCUGUCUUGUAUGGGUGGGGCAAUUUGAUCUGCAUGUACUGUUUCAAAAGCAUCAGCUGGAAGUUGUUUUAUGCUGCGACACUUGGUUUAAUUACAUGGAUAGGAGUUACCUUCUGGAGAGACACCACAGUCUAUGGUUACAGUUCUCCUGCCUUGUCAUUAAGAGACUUGAUUUCAGGACGUCGUGUUCGAGACACGAAGGAACCAGUAUACCAAGGCGGACAGUUGCUUGCUUUGCAGCCAAAACCUACGGCUUAGACCUUGUGAGACCUUCUGAAGAAACAAGGAAAAGAAAAAGGACUUAAAUGCUGAAAAAAGGGAAAAGAG